AUGCCUUUCAACUUCUUUAGUCGCCGAUCAAGCCGCCCUAGGGAAGUACUUGUUAGGGCCCUCGAGACGGCUGACCCAUGGCGCCUCAUGGUUAUUGACAUUGUCGAGUCUUACCUUACCCCCUUGAUCCUCCCCUAUCCCCUCAACGUCUACCGAAACCCCCAUGAAGAGGGGCAUGAGUUCAUGGUUCAGCUGCCGAAGCCAAUUAACCCUGGCAUCGAAGCUAAGGAGUUGCACGUCAAGUUCAAGACAGACUCCUACAACCGGACUACAGUGUACAUGUCCAUGCCAAAGCCGUCCAAGAGCAGCUAUGCCCCCCCCGCCCCAGACCGGCUGUACAACUGGCCGACAUACAUGGGGCCUAACUACAAAUAUGGUCCCAUCACGGUCAAGAUGGAGGAUUCAGUUGAGGGGCAGUGGUUGUCCAUGACCAUGCAUGCUAGCUUUGGUGCGGAUUACGUCGACUUUCGGGUGAAGCAGUCUAUCAUGGAGCAGGGAGAGAAUGUCACACUGACUGGACCUCGACCUGAUGGCAUGUUUGCGCUCGGCUGUGCCCGUCUCUGGAGCCAGUAG